CGUGGGAAGAAGAAAACCCUUCGGAUUUGCACCACCGCCGCUAGCAAGCAAGCAAACAUUGAAGAGUGGUAGUAGCUGCGGCGAGAGAGACAGUGAUGGUUAGCCAAAGGCAGCGACUCGCUCGUAAGCGAUUCAAAGCAGAGCACCCCGAGCUCUUUCCAAAGCCCGAGCCCACGCCCCCAAAAGACCCUGACAAGAAAAAGAAGAAGAAAAACAGCGCCUUCAAGCGCAAAAGGCCCGACUCAAAGCCCGGCUCCAGGAAACGCCUUCUCCGAGUCCCCGGCAUGAAGCCCGGCGAUACCUGUUUCAUCUGCAAGGCCGUUGACCACAUCGCCAAGCUCUGUCCCCAAAAAGCCGAAUGGGAGAAAAACAAGAUUUGUUUGCGGUGUCGACGACGCGGUCACAGGGCUAAGAAUUGCCCUGCGGUGCAAGAUGCCGCCAAUGAUGGCAAGUAUUGUUAUAAUUGCGGGGAAACUGGUCACUCUCUCUCACAAUGUCCGCACCCUCUUGAACAAGGAGGGACAAAGUUUGCUGAGUGCUUUGUCUGUAAUCAACGUGGACACUUGAGUAAAAACUGUCCUCAAAAUACUCAUGGCAUUUAUCCAAAGGGUGGUUCUUGUAAAAUAUGUGGUGGUGUGACACAUUUGGCAAGGGAUUGUCCAGACAAAGGGAAGAAAGGAUUUGUUGCUGCUAAUGGGCCUUUUGAUGGAUCGAUGAGAACAGAAGUAAGACCCUGUGGUCAGGUUACCAAAUUUAUCAGCGGGGAUGAUAUUGAAGAUGACUUCAUGGCAGAUGACAUGCAUAGUGCAGACAAGAAAAAGUCAGCAAAGUCAACAGAUGGCCAUGUAAAACCAAAGAAGAAGGGUCCUAAAGUUGUGAACUUUAAUUGAGGGUAGUUACCUCUUAAUGUGUUGUGCCGAUAUUGGUUCCCACUCUCCAUUUUGUCUCCGUUGCAAUGUGCAGAAUCGCUUCCAGAAUGAAUGUAACGGCUCCCUGCAAAGUCUUGGUUUGCAUAAAAGUAAGGAGAAUCACAAAGUCUUGAGUAUGAUGUCUCAUUGUUGAUCAUAAUUUUUUCGGUAUUUGUAGAAGGUAACUACAAAUGUAACAAUAUUAUUGGUACAAUUACUAGUUUAUUACUUUAUUGUCUUUACUUAGUCGAUCGACUUCUGUUGCCUUA